ACAUGCUCUGAAUUGCCAUCGGAUGAAGCCAGCUCUCUUCAGUGUGCUCUGUGAGAUCAAAGAAAAGACAGUGCUAAGCAUUCGUGGCAUUCAGGAAGAGGACCCCCCGGAUGCUCAGCUCAUGAGGCUAAAUAACAUGCUGCUGGCUGAGGGCGUCUCCAAGCCGGAGAGGAGAGGAAGAAGAGGACCGGCAGUGGCCGGCACAGCGACACCAGGUGGCUGUCCAAAUGACAAUAGCAUUGAGCACUCUGACUACAGGGCCAAGCUGUCCCAGAUCCGACAGAUAUACCACUCUGAGCUAGAGAAAUAUGAACAGGCCUGCCAUGAGUUCACCACACACGUCACCAAUCUCCUCUGGGAACAGAGCAGGAUACGGCCAGUCUCCCCCAAUGAGAUCGAGCACAUGGUCAGCGUCAUCCAUAGCAAGUUCAGAGCCAUUCAGAUGCAGCUGAAGCAGAGCACAUGCGAGGCCCUGAUGACCCUGCGCUCGCGGUUCCUUGAUGCCAGGCGUAAGCGGCGGAAUUUCAGCAAGCAGGCCACGGAAGUGCUGAAUGAGUAUUUUUAUUCCCAUUUGAACAACCCUUAUCCCAGUGAAGAAGCCAAAGAGGAGUUGGCCAAGAAGGGCGGCAUCACGGUCUCCCAGGUCUCCAACUGGUUUGGCAACAAAAGAAUCCGGUACAAAAAGAACAUGGGGAAAUUUCAAGAAGAGGCUAGCAAUUAUGGGUCUAAAACAACAGUGGAUGGCACCAAAGUUGGGAUCCCAGGGCACCAAGCCAGUUGCCCCUUGACACCCAGCUCUGGUGAGUGA